UCUCCACCAUCACUCUCGUUUCAGUUGCAGACUUGGAAGGUCAUGGCGUCACCAGCACCGCCGAGCUCAGCCCCCGGCGCCCGGAAACCGUUAGGGUUUGUAGCAAACGCCGUGAAGCGCAAGGACAAAUUCAUCCAGUUCUUCGCAAUGACCGGAAUUUUGCUGCUAAGUGUCAGAUCGCUCGGUCAAAAGUAUCGCCUCCACGAUCUUCAGGAGGACACGGCGGCUCUGAAAGAGGAGCAAGAAACCCUAGACAACCGAAUGAACAACAUCAAGAGAGACCUCCUCCACGAAGCCUCUAUCGAGCCCACUGGUCUCUUCGCCUCCAGGCUCCGCCGCCUUUUCGGCGACCAACAGUGAUUGCGGGACGGAGCCCUAACUCUGUCUCAUGGGAUCGAAGGAUAGACAUGUGUUAUGUCCACUCAUGCUGUACACUUCUUGGUUGCUCAGGAAAGUACAGCUUCUUUCAUUUGCUUGAAAGAGCAGACUUAUCAAAGUCUUGAGCAUUUUGUCGACAGAAUUACACCAUAUUGUUUUUGAUAUACAUGAUUCUUGUACAAGUAAAGAUAUGCUCAAAUAUAGGUAGGUGAUAUAAAUAAAGAAUAAACAUGUAAUGUCUUUGUGUCUGGAUUCUUGGAUGUUGAAGUGUCACAUGCAUCUCUGUCUCUACACUCUACUCUCUGUAGCCAUACCUUGAUUCUUGUUUGUCUCAGUGCAAUAAGUAGGCCGGUUGGAUUAAAAUUAUAAAACCAGAUAUAACCAACUUUCCAAACAGCACGAUUGUGAGUUGAUUGGAACUGGUUUGGGUGGAGUUGAUUUUACGAGCUGUCCAAAUAAAAAUGUCAAUUAAGUCAUGAAUUAGAGCACCAAAGGUUCCCACCCUCUUCAAGAUCAGCAAAGUUCAAUUUUGUUGUUUCUUGUGUGUGCAAAGAUAUCAAAGUCGUCAUUGCAUAUCUGUAACAGUUGUACAUGUCAACUGGCUCUUGUAGCCUUGGCUUCUGACCUUUGUGGGCAGUUUCUGGCAUUUUGCAUUAAACUAAGCCAUAUUGUAUAAUUAGAGGAUGCUGUAUAUUAGCCUCGGGCAAUAUAGAACUUGUAGGCCCUUGACUGUAACUGGACUACCAAGCUUUGUGUGGUCUUUUUUAUUUUUUAUCUUUUUUUCACUCAUGGCCUGCAUCAGACUACUUGAGGCUGACGAUGAGAUUGUCUAUGUUUUACUAUCAUAUGGGCCUUUCAAUUUAUACUGGGAUAUUUUGUUGCUACUUAGGAAUAGGAUGGAAAACUAGUGGUGUCGUGUUUCCUGCUUUUAAUUUCCGUCCACAUUCCUAGCUUACUGUUUUAGUUUCCACUCUGUAUUUCCUUUUGAUUGGAUUUUACCAUCCCAGAGUCCCAGCUGUAUAGCUCUCCCCUUUAUUCGAAUUAAAGCUUCAAUUGACCAAAAAAGUGUUGUCGUGUCAUCAAAUUCAAAUU